AUGACUUGUACAAUGUGUGGUGGACCAAUAGUUAAAUUCGUUAAAUGGGGAUGGGUAAAAUGAGGAUGCGAUGCCGCCUAUGUAUACAUACAAAUAUCAGCAGGCGAACCUUUGACCCUCUAAAUCUUAAAUGUAUAUGUUUAUUUGACAUUAAUUUAGACGUACCCGAAUGCUAGGCGCUCUUUGUUUGCUUUUUUUUAAAUUUAAUUUUCAUUAUACUUACCCCAGCGUCAAUUAUAACGUCGUUUGUUUGAAAAAGGAAUUCUUGAAUCUUCUGUACAACUAUGGAAAGGAAUUCUGAUGCCAUCUCAUCUCUAAGGAGUCUUAGAACCAUGAUGGCUAUGCACAGAGAAUCUCCCAAGGAAGCUCAUUUUUGUACUUUAGACAAUUUGAGCGAGGCUCUUUCCACUCUUUCAGAGGAACUUGAGUCCUUUGGUUUUCUUCCAACUGCAUUGAACAUCGACGAAUCUCAGUCCUUGGAAUCAAUAAAAUCUACUUGCGUCAAACUUAUAAACGCAUCUUGGGGCUUAGUUCAUGAACAUAGGAUGCUUAUGAGGGUGAAUGAACAAGCUAGUGAUGUGCAACACAGAACAGCAAGUGAUAAUUCUAGUCUCACUAAUCAUGUUAAGCGUCUGAAAGAGGAUUUGGAAAAGAAGCAGUAUCUUUUAUGUGAAUCUCAGGAAAGGGAAAGACGACUGAAAGUCAAAUGCGAAUCCCUGUCUCGUGAAUUCAAACACGAGAAGGACGAGGCAGUGAAAUUGAGGAAACAGCUACAGUCUAAGGAUAUUCAGCACGCUCAUGAAGUAAAACGCUUACAGCAAAGUGGCCACAAACUGCGAGAUCAGCUGCAAAAAUCCGUUGGAAUGUAUGUACCGAGGGACAAAGCAUCUCAGAAUAUUCAAGAGGAACACGAGCGUCAGUUGAAUAUGUACAAACAGACAAUUUGUCGCUUACAAGAAAGCAACAGCCAACUGUUGUUGGAUAUUAAUGAUUUGAAAGAUGCGCUGAGCCUACAUUCCGAAGCAAUCGAUCUACAAGCUGAGGCGUCAGGAAUUUGGAACGAUGCAGACAUCUAGAGCUUCAUAGUGUAAACAGAGUGCUGAGGAACAACCAUCUCGUUUUGGAUGUUAGGCUAAUUGACUAUACUUGUGCAUGCAGAGUAGAUCAGGAUGUCAUGGAUGAACCAAAAUCGCUGACAACGCCGGAAAAAUUAUGAGCCCUUACUUCAAGGACUCUUUGCCAGAUACCGACGUCAGGUUUCUGGGUUGCGAAACUGUUCCAACAACCGCGAAUUGACGUCAAUGAAAACAAGUUUGCGCAAACUGCGUAAUGGGUGCCUUCCCAGUCUCCGUUAUGACUGGGACUACAAUAGUACCACAGCACCUGAGGUUUGCUGCCCUAGCAGCUUGCAUAACGAACCAUUCCUCGAUUGCUUGAAUCCAAUCCGAUGCUAACCGUUUCAAGGUUCCUUAGAACGUUCCUUAAUUGCUUGCAUUUAACCUUUCACGUUAUUAGAUACGUUGCUGCCACGGUGCGCGACACUAUUUCGUCUUUCAACAGAAACCUGUUCCAGACUGAGAGCGACGAUCACUCGACGUGUCGAAUGCGAUCUGUUCGUGUCGUGCUAAUUUUCUCGCUUAAAAUUCGGACGUCAUUUCAAUUCGAAAUGUGUUUUACCAGGAUUGCCACUAAUUUUAGAUUGUAAAAUUCCUCGACUUUUCCAAGUUUGUUAGAACUGAAGUUACAAUGUUUCACAUACUUUGUGUGCAAACUAUGAACACUAAAAUGAUGGAGAAAAGGUGAAAAAAAAAAAAACAUUAAUGAAUUGCCAUAAACGAUAUUUGCCUAUUUAAGUUUUUCAUUCGUAACUGAGUCACACGUGGACAGAUAUAAUGCUAUAACUAAUUAGCUGAUACUGUGCAACAUUUCAUCAUCAGUUUUAAUGAAAAUUCUAAAAAUUCUAAAAAUUCUUUAACUUUUCCAUGAUUUUUCUCGCAACUUUAUCUCUACCAUUAUUGUCACUUCAUUUGAACCACUGAACUCAAUAUCAACAGAGUUCAGUGAUUUGAACUUAGUACGUGGGCGUUGAUAGACAUAACUUCGGAGUGGAAAACAUAUAUCACGACACACAUGAGGCGUGAACUUGAAAUAAUUAAAAUUAUGAGUAUUUUUUUCUAAAAACAGUUAUAUUUGUUAAUUAGCCGGGACAGUGUAUAAAAUAAACUCGAUAACCUAUCAUUCCCAAAUAAUAUUCCAAUUGCCGUCUUAGAGCCGGAUAAAUGUUUGACAAAUCAAUGUGGAAAAUCGUCUUUGACAACUGGUAAAACAUAUUUCACUGAACGUAAUUCUUGCUGUCAGGCCAUUAGACGCCAUUCGUUUUACAACAAAUGAGGAAUUCAAGUAAUUACGCUGAAUACUGUAGCUGCAGUAGCAGUUUAAUUUAUAAUGU